UAACCAAUAACAUUAUAGAUUUACAUAAUAUAUAAUAUUAAAAUGUAAAUUAUAUCUUUGAAAGUUUUACGAUGGUAUAUGUUAUAUAUUUAUAAAAUGAAAAUUAUCCGUGCGGGUGAAAAAUCUAGUUAGUAUAUAUUAAUAUAUUUCCUCACGAUUGCAUAAUAACAAAUAAGGAGCAUACUCGAUGAAAAGCUUACUAAGCUAGAUGCAAAGUAUCAACGAUCAAACAAUAAGUAAGCUGCAAAUCUCACAUGCUGCAAAAAAAAAAAAAAAAAAAAAAAAAAAAAAUCUCACAUGCUGCACUUUAACUACAGAAAAAAAACUUCACAUGUUGCAUAGCACCAUUAUUGUCCAAUAUUUAUUUGUUUUCUUUCUUUUGUCGGCAAACGAUUCUAUAAUGUUAUAAAGGAGUACAGUUACAGCAGUUUGAUUGCAUAGUGGAGAUUAUACAACAUUGAUCCAGACACAAUAAAAUUUUGGGAACUAAAAUCUCUUGCGACCUCUGCUAAUUAGGUUGGUAGCUUUUCUUUUGAUGAACAUGAACUUGUGAAUAUCUGACACCCAUGAUCCGGCUACCAUACUAACACAUCAAGAUAAGUUUGCUUUGACCAAUAAUUUCAUGGGUUGGUUUUGAAACCGUUUCUUCUCUCUUUCCAAAUUUACAAUAAGUAUUAUCAUGUGUGAUCUUCUCCGGAUCUAUUAAAAGAAACAGCUUCGGACCAGGCUUAGAUAUAUCACCAGUGCUUUACAGCUAAUUUCAAUUUGGAAUAGACUACCUCUAUAAUUUCUCUAGUUAAUUCCACAUGACCUCCAUGUCCAAUAAAAGGGAACAAAUCAAUAGGAUUUGCCGUAGCUGCUUAUAUAAAGUAGAAAUGCUCAAUAUUAUCAACUGGUGUAUUACUGAUAAGUUGCUCACUUGGAAGAUAUUUAGUUGGAAACAACUCCUAAAUCUCUCUCGAGAGAGUAAAUAUUUGGCCUUCUCAUUAAUUUGUUUAUUUGGCCAAAAAAAACACUUUCCCCAAAAAUGUAAAACUAAAUGGAGGCAUUUAUUUAAGAGAUGAGAGACAAUAAAUAAACUUUUGUUUUAAUCUUUAGUUUUCUCCUUAUUUGUUUUAUAUUCUCUCUAUUUUUUAAAGGACGUCAAUUUGUCAUUUUUUUCUUGUUACAAAAAAUAUCGUUUUAAAAUUGCAUUGUUAUUUAUACUUACUUUCAUCUUAAAAUUAAUUGAAAAUAUAUUAAUUUUAUAAAUAAAAUUAUUUAUCCCAAAUUCUAUUAGUUGGAUAGAUGUAAUUAAUUUCAAAUUCAAUGCAUUCAUUUUAUAAAUAAAUUAUUUAUCUCAAAAAUCUCCAAAAACCCAUGCCAAUUGAAUCCAAUAAACUUAUCAGCAAGAAAGAAAGUAAUAAAAUUGAUAUUUUCUACAUAUAUUUUAGUUUAUAAUAAAGUAUUUAUAUAUUGCAAUAUAUUUUGUUUUUAAAUUACAAAAUGUAUGUCAACAAUAUUGCUAUUAAAUUACAGUAUACCAUACGUUCAUACUCCAUACUCUAUAUCUUACCGCCAUCUCGGGUGAUUUUGAGGAGUGUUUUGGUGCGGUGAUAAGGCCCCAAGUUUGGCAUUUUUUUCUGUUUCAGUGCGAUGAAAUUUGCUGGAGCAUAAAAGAGAACGAGGAUUGGCAGGUGUUGGUAGUUAAAAAAAAGGCAAACAGAGGAGCUGUCUUUCAUUGCGGAUAGUGUUAAUUAACUGAGCUUGGUGCAGUCGUAUGUCGCCAUAGGGCAUCCUGCUUGGCUUAGUGAUUUGUUCCUUCAUGAAAGUAGCUGCCUCUAAACAGCCUUAUCUGCUAUGUGGAGUGUUGUUUUCUGUAUCCUUGUUUUCGAGAAGUUUUUUUUUGUAUUUGUGAACGUUGGUGGUUUGAAUGAACAAAACAAAAGUUGGAAAAAAAAAUAUCUUACCGCCAUCUCCAGUCUAAUCAUCUCCGAAAGAAACUGUUUGCCUUUCAAACUUUUAAAAGAAUCAUAAAUCUUAUUUUUGAAAAGGUAAUAUUAUUUGCUUUUAAAAGAAGAAUAAAUAAAUGUUGAAAAUAAUAAAAAAAUAAAACGAGUGUCACGUUACAUUUUUAAAUAUUAUUUCGUUUUUUUAUAAUAAUCUUUAAACUAUAAUUAUUAUUAAUAUUAUUUUAUUUUUGUCAACAAAAGAAUUGAUUUUUUCUAUCUGUUAUAUAGCACACAAAAGCAUAAAAGCUCACUCAACACUUAAACGCCUCGAAUUCUCUCUACCAUAUAAAAAUCUCGGUGAGGUCGGCGGAGAGACUAUGGCGGGACAGUCGCGGAAAUGGAUGAUUCUUGUGGCGACGAUAUGGAUUCAAGCUUUUACGGGGACGAACUUCGAUUUCUCAGCUUACUCCUCAGAUUUGAAAUCGGUUUUGGAGAUAUCGCAGGUGCAGCUUAACUACCUAGCCGUCGCUUCCGAUCUUGGGAAGGUGUUCGGGUGGUCGUCGGGUCUUGCGUUGAUGUAUUUUCCGCUUUGGACGGUGCUUUUCACGGCGGCGUUCAUGGGGUUCGUCGGUUAUGGAGUCCAGUGGCUGGUCAUAACUAACUUCGUCUCUUUGCCUUAUAUUAUGGUGUUUCUCUGUUGCUUACUUGCUGGUUUAAGCAUAUGUUGGUUCAACACAGUCUGCUUUGUGCUCUGCAUUAGUAACUUCCCUGCAAACAGAUCACUUGCUCUUUCCCUCACAGUAAGCUUCAACGGUGUAAGCGCAGCUUUAUACACUCUCGCUUACAACGCAAUCAACCCAGCCUCUCCAGAGCUAUACCUUCUCUUAAACGCUCUUAUACCUCUCGUUAUCUCUUUCACUGCCAUCAUUCCUAUUCUUCGCCAACCACCUUUUGAGCCACUCCCACCAGAUGGAGUUCGCCGUGACUCCCUCAUGUUUCUCCUGCUCAACAUUCUUGCCGCUUUGAACGGCGUUUACCUCCUCCUCUUUGAGUCAAACUCCUCUGACGUAACCUCUGCUCGUCUCCUCUUUGGUGGAGCUAUCAUUCUCUUGAUCCUCCCUUUAUGUAUCCCCGGUUUGGUCAUCGCCCGUAACUGGUAUCUUCCCACGAUCCACGCUAGCUUCCGUCUCGAAGGUUCUGGUUUCAUUCUUGUUGAUCCUGAUGAGCUUGAGUUGCAUAAAGGGAUGCUUGCACAUGAAGCUAACCGAGAAAGCUACGAAGAUGUUGUGCAAAACCAUGUUAAGACUAUAGCUUCGGAGGAAGGUGAUGCUGAUGAGUUGCUUAUCACAAGAGGCCAGCUUGAGGUUUUGGGAACUGAACAUUCUUUGAAGCAGCUCUUAUGCAGAGCUGACUUCUGGUUAUACUAUAUAGCGUACUUCUGCGGUGGAACCAUCGGUCUUGUGUACAGCAACAACUUCGGACAGAUUGCUCAGUCUUUAGGACAAAGCUCAAACACCACAACUCUUGUCACACUUUACUCCUCCUUCUCGUUCUUUGGAAGGUUGCUGUCUGCAACACCAGACUAUAUCCGAGCCAAGUUUUAUUUUGCAAGAACCGGGUGGUUAGCCAUCGCGCUAUUACCAACACCAAUAGCUCUAUUCUUGCUCGCAUCAUCAGGAACCGCGUCAGCAUUACAAGUAGGAACUGCGCUGAUUGGUCUAAGCUCAGGAUUCAUAUUCGCAGCAGCUGUUUCCAUCACAUCAGAGCUUUUUGGACCAAACGGUGUUGGAGUUAACCACAAUAUCUUGAUCACAAACAUACCUAUAGGAUCUUUGAUAUAUGGAUUGUUGGCUGCAUUGGUCUAUGACUCACAUGGUUCGACCGGGAUCAAAUCGAUGACUGACUCGGUUGUGUGUAUGGGCAGAGGCUGCUAUUAUUUGACGUUUGUGUGGUGGGGAGGCUUGUCGGUACUUGGGUUAGGUUCUAGUCUUGUGCUAUUUAUUAGAACUAGAAGAGCUUACCAAAGGUUUGAGCAAGCUCGGAUAAGUUCAAAUAUUGAUUCAUAGAAGUUUGCAUCAAUCCCCAGUGACUUGUGUAUAUCAAUCAGGUAUAUGUAGCCAUGUAGGAAUGAUCUAUAUUAUAAGAUAAGUUAAUGGUUUUGUAUUUAUAUGAGAAAUUAUUUGUGUAACUUAUUAAUUAUGUACGUGAUUACAUGACUAAGGGCCUGACUGGUUCAAACGCAGCGGUUGCGGUUGCGGUUGCGGGAGUUUGUGGAUGCGGGCGGUUGCGGUUUCUAGCGGUUUUAAGAGAUUUGUACGACUGGUACUGCGGUUAAAAAUUGAUGUGGUCGCGUAAAUUUUGACAUGGUUCCCCGUAUAUAAAGGAUAAAAAUAUUCGCUUCUCUUUAUACUCCGUCUCUACAUCAAUCAUUCGAUUACUGGAUGAGAUAAUAGUUACCUUGUAACUGGAAUCAUAAAAAAGAGCUAAUCUUCCACUUCUACCGAUAGGGUCCACCGUGUGGAGAUGACUAUAACCGAAAUGAAACUGAAAAGAUUGUACAAAGUCGAAUUUUUGCUUUGUCUCAGAAAGAAAAAUAAAAUUUUCAUUCGAAGAUAACUAAUAGUCCCAUGACUGCCAAGACCUUGGCAAUUCCAACUCAAAAUUUUCAUUUAUACACCAGUUUAAAGAACGCUGAAAACAAAUGAAAUUGAUGAUGUAGUGUCAUCAGUUCGGCCAUACAUAUCCGUUGAGCAACACCACCUGUUUGACAAACCACAACCAUAACCCGAGGCAUCACCUACCAUCCAUACAUACAGAUGCUACUUAUAAGAUAUAAGUUAAAAGAAAGCCGUACAACGUGAAGUUCAUAGACUUUAUACAAGUAUAGACCAUCCAAUGAAAUAACUGAAAAAAGGACCUUUCUAUGAAACAAAACAACGGUGGUACUUUUAUCUUCAAAAAAAUUUAGCAACCUAAGCCACCAUAAAACACGCUUCUCUGAGUUCCUCACACAGAUUCUAAACGCACAGGCAUACCAACCCUUACUCCUGAGUUGUGUACCAAACCAAACC